AUGGCUACCGACAAGAACUAUGCCCUCUACCACUACACACCCAGUCUUCCAUGUGCAAUCCUUCUAGCUGCCCUCUUUGCGUUGACGACUGUCUUCCAUCUGUAUCAGCGAAUCAAAGCGCAUUCAAAAUACUUCAACCCGUUUAUUGUGGGGGGUAUCUUCCAAAUCAUUGGUUAUGGAGCCCGCGCUGGUUCUCAUUUCUAUAUGGACUCCACGAUUCUUUACGCAAUUCAAUCACUUCUGAUUUUAUUGGCGCCAACGCUAUACGCAGCCUCGAUAUAUAUGGUACUUGGCCGAAUUAUCGCCUUCCUUCGCGGUGAACAUCUAAGUUAUAUCCCCAUCGAAUGGAUGACAAAGGUCUUUGUUGCUGGGGACGUUCUGUCCUUUAUCCUUCAGGCUGCCGGAGGCGGAAUUAUGACAAGCGGAUCUGAGAAUACUGUCAAGAUCGGUCAAUGGGUCAUUGUGGCAGGACUCUGCGUCCAGCUCAUAUUUUUCGGGGCAUUUGUGAUUACCUCGCUCAUCUUCCACAUCAAGGUCAUGCGACAGCCUACCAUCGAAAGCGAGAGAUCCAUGAAUAAAGGUGCCUCGAUCUGGCCUCGAGACUGGAGAGGUCUCCUUUUCGCAUGCUACAUCGCUAGCGUAUUGAUUCUAAUUCGAUCUGUAUACCGUCUUAUUGAAUUUGUGCAAGGAAAUAAUGGGUACAUUAUCAGCCACGAGGUAUUCUUGUAUGUGUUCGACGCCGCGAUAAUGUUCUCGGUGAUGGUCGUGAUGAACGUGCUCCAUCCCUCGUUUGUUUUGAACAAAAAGAUGGAAACACAUAUUCCACAACCUGAAAGAGAUAUUCAGUGGAAGUCCGAUCUUGAGAUGCAACAACGCCCUCUUUCAAUCACCCGGAAUUAG